UUUGGGGUACGAUAUAAGCAAUAAUAACUUUUUGAAGAAAUCUAUAAAUUCGAAAACCUUUAGGAGUUUCUUCUCCAAAUCCUCGAGAUUUUGAUCAGACGGUGGGUGUGUAGAAGAAGACGAGGAGAAUGAGGAGAGUUUUCGGCGCGAAAAAGAACACAGAGCCUCCUCCCUCCAUUCAGGAUGCCUCCGAUCGGAUAAAUAAGAGGGGAGAAACAGUGGAAGAGAAGAUAAAGAAGGUUGAUGUUGAGCUCUGCAAAUACAGAGAGCAGAUUCAAAAGACUCGACCUGGUCCUGCUCAGCAAGCUCUCAAAGCUCGUGCUAUGAGGCUUCUCAAGCAGAAGAAAAUGUAUGAAGGACAACGUGACAUGCUCUAUAAUCAAACAUUCAAUCUCGAUCAAGUCUCUUUCGCUGCUGAAGGUCUCAAAGACGCUCAACAAACUAUGACUGCGCUAAAGUCUGCUAACAAGGAGCUGAAAGGGAUGAUGAAAACCGUUCAGAUUCAAGAUAUCGAUAAUUUGCAAGAUGAGAUGAUGGAUCUGAUGGAUGUGAGUUCUGAGAUUCAAGAAACGCUUGGUAGGAGCUAUAAUGUUCCUGAUGGUCUCGACGAAGAUGAUCUCAUGGGAGAGCUGGAGGCUCUUGAAGCUGAUAUGGGAGACGAGACAGAAGCAGAUGGAGUGCCUUCUUAUCUCCAACCCGAUAAGCAUAGUGAUUACGAUGAUGAACUUAACUUGCCUUCAGUACCAAUAGGACAGACUGGAGCUCCACCUGGUCGAGUUCAGGCUGAGGAUGAGUUUGGGUUGCCGGCCGUACCACGAGCUUCUCUCCGGGGAUAAAAGUUUCUGGCGAUUCUCUUUUGUGGAGUGGAGCUACUAAGCUCUUUUUUAGGCUUAGGCUUCUGAUCACUUUGUUCAUAACAUUUUCAACUUUUCUUUUGGCUCUGUAAUGAAUUUUACAAUAAUUGUGUGUUUUAUGGAUGGCUCUUUUCUUCUCGAA